CGCGUGAAUCAUCUAGCAAAUUCAACACUAUGAGUUCCAGCGAGGAGAUCUCGUGGAUUUCUUGGUUUUGUGGUUUGCGUGGGAAUGAGUUCUUCUGUGAAGUAGAGGAAGAUUAUAUCCAAGAUAGAUUUAAUUUAACUGGACUGUCGGAACAAGUUCCAGAGUACCGAGAGGCUCUUGAUAUGAUUUUGGACUUAGAGACGGAUCCAUCUGAUAACCAAGACAAUACAGACUUGGUUGAACAGGCUGCAGAAAUGCUGUAUGGUUUGAUUCACGCAAGAUACAUCUUGACCAACCGUGGCAUAUGUGUUAUGGUGGCGAAGUGGCAGCAGGGUGAUUUCGGUUGCUGUCCUCGGGUAUAUUGUGAAAGCCAACCGUGUCUUCCCAUCGGCUUAUCAGACGUUCCCGGAGAGGCUAUGGUGAAAAUCUACUGUCCAAGAUGUCAAGAUGUGUACUCUCCAAAGUCGACUCGUCACCACUACACUGAUGGCGCAUAUUUCGGUACCGGAUUCCCUCAUAUGCUGUUUCUCGUUCAUCCGGAAUAUCGUCCUAAACGAGCGCAAAAGCAGUUCACUGCUAGGUUGUUUGGUUUCAAAAUUCAUCCGCUGGCCUACCAACUUCAGUAUCAAGCGGCUUCUGGAAUGUCCGGUCCAAUGCGAGGCUUCCCUAAACGUUCUUAAUCAAAGAUUUUAAAUAGCGACACUGGAAUCUGUCCCCUUUUCAAUUUGUUCCCUUGCGUGUAUCUAAUGAUCAGGUUGAUGUCAGCC